AUGCUUCAAAGCUUUAUUAAAAAUAUUUGGAUCCCCGUGAAGCCCGACUAUACACAAACUUACCAAGAGGUUUGGGUAGGAAUGGGGUUGAUGGGCUUCAUUUAUAAAAUCAGGAGUACUGAUAAAAGAAGUAAAGCUUUGAAAGCUUCAAGUCCUGCGCCUGCUCAUGGUCAUCAUUAA